AUGUCGGUGAUGCAAAAGCGGCAGCACUGUUACUUGUGCGACUUGCCCCGCAUGCCGUGGGCAAUGUUGCAUGAGUUUUCGGAAGCAGUUUGUCGUGGUUGUGUCAAUUAUGAAGGCGCUGAUCGUAUAGAAGUGGUCCUAGACACCGCUAGGCAGCUGAAGCGCGCCCAUGGCUUCCAAGAAGGUCGAGGACCUACACAUGCCAAAACUACUCAUCGAGCUCCUUUGGAAGCUCACCAAAAUGGAGCCGAGACUGCCACUAGAGGUCAACCAGCUCCACCGGCACAUCACGCUCCCACAGCUGGAUUUGCUCUACAUCAUCCUAGGGGAGCAGCUACAGGUCUUCUAGCAGAAUACGGAGGACGUCGCGAGGAACAUGAAAAUCGGCGAUUAACGCAUCUUCCUACACAUCAUUUGACAGCACAUGGUGGAGCACGUUUAGCUCCAGGCAUAUCUCUCAAAAGACCGUUGGAAGAUGACGACCCGCCAAAAAGGCUAAUGGAAGAGCAUUCUCGUCCACCACCAACGCGUGGCGAUUCUUUACCAGCAGUAUCAUUGGCGGCACCUUUCGUUGCAGACCGAGUUUUCAAACAGGAGAAACAUCCUUUACGAACUCCAUCUUUUGAUGCAGCGUCAUUUAAGUCCAACGGGUAUGGUAACAGCGCGCCGCUGACGAACGGUUCGGCAGGAUCACCAUUGGGUAGAACAGCUGGCUCACCUCCCGUGACUGGAGCCUCCGCUGGUGCAGGUCCUUCACCAAUGGCUGCGCUAAUGUCGGUGGCGGAUACUUUACCACCAGGCUCGCCUCGGUCAGCUGGCGGAUCACCACCCCAGCCACCACCUCAGCGGUCAGCCAGUCGAUCCAGUCAACAUUCGCCUAACUCAUCAGGGUCGAACGGCGGGCGGCGGUCGUCGGGCUCCCGGCACGUGUCGUCGACGACAUCGGUGUCGUCGACAGAGGCAGGCGAAGGCACAGAUGCGGCAGCGCCAACGCCAGCGCCACUGCUCAAAUGUACACUUUGCCAAGAGCGCCUUGAGGACACCCACUUCGUCCAGUGCCCUAGCCAACCGCACCAUAAAUUCUGCUUCCCCUGUUCCCGGGAUUCUAUCAAGCGACAGCAAGGAUCAGAGGUUUACUGUCCAAGUGGGGAGAAAUGUCCAUUGGCAAACUCGACGGUGCCAUGGGCAUUUAUGCAGGGUGAAAUUGCAACAAUACUUGGUGAGGAGUUCAAACCGAAGAAGGAGCGGGAGACUUAGGCUAGCGUAGUGUCGCCCCGACUCUAUCUCUUGUCUCUCCCGAUGUGAACGCUCGUUGUGCACGGGAGAAGUACCGAGCAAGCCGCGGCACGAGGCCGCAAGCGCCGGCCGUCAGCUCUCAGCCGCACCGGCGCGCGGCUCCGCGGCGAGGCGGGGAUUGGUCUCGCCUACACCUACCGAACAUUUGUAUAUAACUUUGUAAAUAGUCAACUUAUAAGUUUAGAUCGUUUACUGAAAAGGUUUGGCGAAUCUAAACUUAUUUUAGCGGCAGCGGAGGCCGCAAUGAUAACUACGAUAUGGGCCGUAUUCAGCAUAUUGGAUCUGAUUUUGUGCGUAAAUUUAUAUAUUUCUCCGUUAUUUCGCAAAGCCAAUUCAAGGUUUCGAGUUUUUUAAUGCACAAAUCUGGUGGGAUAUUCUGAAUAGAGUACAUAUCAAUUUUUAAAGAUUUUUCGACUAAUUUUUGUCUAGAUAACGCAUCGUUGCAGAAACGAUAAUGUUGAUCUGAAUUAUUCGUAGCGUAAGAUAACGUUACUUUUCGAGAAAAUUGCGCUGAUUCGUGAGCGAGAUUUCUUCGCAUGCCAUUUUCUUAGUUACCCGUAGGUCCUGAACCAUAGUGAACUUGGCAUUUAUUUAUGUGAUUCUUAUAUAUUAUACGAGUAUUAUAUGAUAUACGAUCAUGACAUUAUAACAUGUAGUCGAGUGUACUGAUUGUAAAAGCAUAGUUUUGGAUAUUGAUUGGAAGCAUGUCGCUCCCUGUACAGAUAUUAUUAAAUAUAUGUAUAUUUGUAUUUAUUACAUUCAAUACAUAUGAAAUAGUGUUUUUUUACUAUCAAUUUAAGUAUUAGAGUGGCUCGAGUUCCGUUACCGUCUUGCAUUCGAUGACAACAAUCUGUCAAACAAAUAAUACUCAGGUAUUAUUGUUUACUUGGUCGUUAUGUACCUAGUUGUUUCAUAUUCUGUUGAUUGGAAAAAUAUUAAAUACUAUAUAUUUUAUACGUGACCUCGUUGGAGUGGAUAUUUGAGUUGAUUAAUUUGUAAGAAUAAUUUAAUGCGUCAGAUGUCAUGAGGGGAAAGUAAGUCCCCGUUCGUGCUUCAAGCUGAUUCAUUGAACUCGUUGGACUCGUAUACAUUCAGAUUUACGUGGUGGCAGUAAAAUAGGCUCAGUUUGAGAUGCGACCGGUGGGUAGAAGAUGGUGGCAGUAUUAGCAGAAUCGCUUUACAUAUGUUGGGGGCGUACCUAGUCAUUUUAUGAAAUGUCAAAUUGUCAGAACCGCUAACACGCGGCCGUUAUAGGAACUCUUAAAACUCGCUGCUAUAUUUGUAUAAAGUGAAGUAAUUAUCAUUAUAUAUGUCAUUAAUGUUAAAAAGUAGUAGUGUACGUCAAUUUCGAAGGCUAUCAGAAAGCUGGACGUCUUGGGUGUUAUUUUGCAUUUUUACUGGCUUCAAAUUGUUUUAGUACGUUAUUUUCGAUCUUGGUCUUGCUCUAAUUUAAUAUUAACUUGUUUUACUAUUUUUUGUAUGUCACUUGUCCUGGUAGGAUAAUGUGGAUAUAUUUUGUUACAUUUAAAAAUGUGUCUAAUUAAUGUUGCUUUGAAUAAUGUAAUGCGAUAAUCAAUAACUUCAGACGUUAUGUCUAUAAACAACGCAUGUUAGUACAUUCAAUUAAAUUGAGAUGUCCAUUAUUUAUUUUAGAGAUAUAUAUAAUUGUGUACAUAUACGUAUGUUGUAUAUAUAUGUUCUAUGUAAUUGUAAAUAUAUGUUUGGAACAGCCACUAAACUCUAUAUACAGUAUUAGUCAGCUAUUACCGCAUUAAACUUUUAUAAUCGUUUCUGAAAAUCCUCAGAUUCUAUAUGUACUAUUGUCACCUAAAUUGGUGAUUAAUGCAAAUAUAUUUUAAUCGAUGUAGAUAAUCGCAUGUAAUUUUCUUUCUUAGAUGCAGGCGAUUUUAAGUAAUUGUACGACUAACUGAUUCAUAAACUUAUUUGUUCACAAACUUUUAUGAUAAGUACUUAAAAUUAAUGAUAGAUGUUUUCUUGAAUCUGUCGUUUCUGGUAGAUUCGAAAUUGAUUGUUAGUAUUAUCAAUGGUCAGUGGAAUUCCACCCGGCAUCGGGUUUGUCGACUGUUAGUUAGUGCUCGCCAAUGGGCGACAUUGAUAAAUUGUAAGCACAAAAUGUGCAUUUUACUUUUGUACUACUGUUGUAUUAAAUGUAUGACAACUAACAAUACUUUGGCUAAACUAUUUCAGAAAUGUUUCCUAUCGUGUAUAAUACAUAUAUAUGUAUGACAUUUUGUUUUUUUCUUUGUAUACAAUUAGUUGUUAUUUUAUUUAUGGUUAAAUAAUAUGAUUAUAUUACAUAAACUGUCAUACAUUUAAGACGCCAGAUUGUUAUAGUCCGCCUUUAUCCAUAGGCUUCUUUGUAGAUGUCGAUAGAAAUUCGACACAUAAAAGUAUAUACAUACUUAAUUUUGAGAGUCGUCUCUUUCUUACUGUAAGCAGCAAGAGAAAUGCUUCGAUUAAGACGUUAAUGUACAUGUUGGUGAAAAUACAAUUGAUGUGAUUUUGUACAAAUGCACUU